UUCUGGUUACUAUUAACUAACAUGUGAUGGUUGUAUUCUUUCUUCUCCUCUGCAGGCUCGAUAUCUCGCACAGAUCAUCGUGAUGGGAGCACAGGUGGUGGGCCGUGCCUUUGCUCGUGCUUUACAGCAAGAAUAUGCAGCUAGUCAAGCAGCAGCAAAGGCCAGGGGCCGUUCAGGUCAGCAGUCGGCUGCUGCCUCUAGCAUCACUGGGAUGAGCCUGCAGGAGGCACAGCAAAUCCUCAACAUCUCUACACUUAGUCCUGAAGAAAUUCAGAAGAACUACGACCACCUUUUUAAAGUCAAUGACAAGUCCGUGGGCGGUUCAUUUUACCUGCAAUCAAAAGUGGUGCGAGCUAAAGAGCGUCUAGACGAGGAACUAAGUAUCCAGACACAAGAUAAGCAGCCACCAGAAAGAAAUACAGAAACAUGAAACAUGAAAUGAUGCUCACCCUGUCUUUCCUCUCCCCAUCCUCUGUAAAUUAUAACCUAAUAAAAGCCUUUUUUCUGUU